UUGGCUCUGAUCCAGAAUUUGCCCGCUAUGUUGCUGGAGUCAACCAGGCUAUGCAACAAAAAAGGCAAGCACAGCACGUCCGUCGUCCAAGCAACACCCGUAGCAACUGGCCUCUUCCCGAUGAUCCUCAUAAAACCUGGCCCUUUCCUGAGUAUUUCACAGAAGGUGAUGUGACAAAUAGCUGGUCUGGUACUCAAGGAGACUCUGCCAGCUCAAGUGAUGAGACCUCCUCAGCUAAUGGAGACAGUUUGUUCUCCAUGUUCUCAGGGCCAGACCUUGUUGCUGCUGUAAAGCAGAGAAGAAAACACAGCAGUGGUGAACAAGAACCUAGUACACUACCAUCACCACCUCUUCUUUCUGCAGAUGACCGUAAUCAGGAUAAUAAAACCAAAACUUGGCCUCCAAAGGCACCCUGGCAGCAUACAUCCUCUGUUACAAACACGCUCCCCGGUCAGAGCACAUCUCUCUAUCCCAUGAGCAGCCCAGUCAGCCAGUGGAGUGACACGAUGCAGAUCCUCCAGUCACCGGUGUGGGCGGCAGCCAACGACUGUGCAAAAAAAAACUCUAACUUUGCCUACGCGCAGCAGCAACAGCAAUCGCAACAGGCUUCCCAGCACAAACAGAUGAAUAAGGGCUUUAAACCUUUUCCGGUAAAGCACGAACGCAGACCAUCUUACCUGCAUCAGUACUAACUGCUUUUCAUAUUGGAAAGUGCAGCACAGGGCCAAACAUAAAUUACAUAUACUUUGUUUCACAAUUGUGUAUUGGCUGUAUCCUGUUUAUCUCAUUAAAUACGGAAUUGAGGGGAUUUGGGUGAGAUAUACAAACUCU